AUGGCGGGGACACCGGGCUGGGAUGGGGAUGUCAGGGAUGGGGUUUCGGAGGACAGAGAGCUGGCGUCGGCGGAGCAGCGGGCACGGCAGCGGGGGCUGGCACUGCUGCGGGUGCCGCAGAGCCCCGCCGUGCUGGUGCGGGCACCGGGGCCGGCUCUGGGCCGGGACCUCCUCGAGCUCUACUUCGAGAACCGGCGCAGCGGCGGCGGCCGCGUCAGGGACGUGCGGCUGCUGCCAGGUGGGCGCGGGGCCGUGGUCACCUUCCAGGAGGCAGCAGCCGCAGGGCGGGUGCUGCAGAGGCCACACCGGCUGCAGGACGCCGUGCUGGAACUCGUCCCUCACUACCCCUUCCUGGAGCUGCCCCCGGGCACCGUCCCCGCUCCGGACAGGGCCCGUCCUCCCGGCACGGAGCCCCUGCUGGUCACGGAGCCCUCGCUGGACACAGAUUGCCCGCCGGACACAGCCCCCAGCGUGGCACACGCGAACCCCCGGCCUGACACAGCGCCAGCAUCGGUGCCGGAGCGGCCGCCGGCCACCGUCCCCAGCGGGGACAAGGACACAGAGGGGCUCAGGGCCGUGCCCGGCCAGGCCCAGCGCCCGGAGCCGGUGUCCGUGGGGGUCCCGGAGCCGGUGUCCCUGGGGGUCCCGGAGCCGGUGUCCCUGGGGGUCCCGGAGCCGGUGUCGGUGGUACCGGCGCAGGACGAGGCGCUGGUGCCGGCGGAGCCCGGAGCUCUGCGGUUCCUGCAGCAGCACCACCAGGACGUGCUCGACAGCAUCCCCGAAGUGUCCCUGCUGCCACUGGAGGGAGGCGACAUCUCUGGGUUCCGGGUGAGCGGGGAGGCGGGCCGCUGCCAGGCAGUGGCAGAUUUCCUGCAGAGCCUGCUGGACUCGGUGGUCUCACACUCCACAACCCUGCGCUUCCCCGGCGUUGCCCGGUUCCUGCGGGACCUGGGCGGGCAGAGCCUCCUCCAGCAGCUGGAGAGCCGCUUCCAGUGCGUCAUCCAGCUGGAAGGCGAACCCUGGAGCGCUCCAGAUCCCCAGCCGGAGCUGGAGGAGCUGCUGCCCCCAAAGAGCCACGGGGACCCCCGGUCACACUCCUGGCACCAGGACCUGCCCGAGGGCACCAAUGCCGCUGCUGCUGCUGCUGCUGCUGCUGGUGAUGAUGAUGAUGAUGACGAUGAGGGCUUUCAUUCCAACGCAGAGGAGAUCAAGGAGGUGAUGGCAGCGCUGCACCCGAGCAGCGCCAGCGGCCGCGGCACCCCCGAGCCGUGGCCUGGCACCGUGCCCGGCGGCGAGUGGGACCCCGAGGACGAGAUCCCGUGUGCGGCCGGCGGCAACGGCGCCGAGGAGCUGCUGUCGCACACCAGGGUGGAGGAGGAGGUGCAGAUGGCCCUGGCCAUCCAGUGCUCCAUGGACAACACGUGGUGCGAGGAGCGGGAGCUGGCCCGCGCCACCGCGCUGUCCCUGCGCUCCUACAGCCGGCAGCAGCAGCAGGAGCAGGCCCAGGAGGACGCCGGGCUCCUGGCAGCGCUGGAAGCCUCGCUGGAGGAGGCUCUGCAGGCGGCAGACGCGGCGCGGCUCACGGUGUUCUGCUCCUUGGAGCAGGACGCGGCGGCGGUGCCGCGGGAGCUGGAGCGGGCGCUGGCGGGGCGGCAGCGGGCACGGGAGGUGGCGAGCGAGCGGCUGCGGGCACUGCCAGCCGCAGGGCGCUGUGCCCUGGCGCUGCUGCGGCGCCGGCACGCCGUGCACCUGGAGCUGCGCGGUGACACCGCCUCGCUGCGCGGCUUCGCCGACUACCUGGGCCCUGCUGCCCAGGAGCUCACGGCGCUGCUGCAGCGCCUGCCAGCGCCGGGCCACGGUGCCACCUCUGUCACCACCUCUGCCACCACCGCCACCACCACCGCCACCACUGUCACCGCCGCCGCCACCGCGCACUGGGUGCGCUGGGAGCCGUCUGGCACCGCUGUCCCCUACGCCCCCGAGGCAGCGGCGCUGCUGGAGCAGGCCUGGGCGAGCCAGGAGCGCCGGCUGGAUCUGGUGCUGGACGGGAGGCCCUUCACCGUGGAUUUGGAGCGCAUGGAGGAGUUCGACAUCGGCAGCGGCCGCGCCGUGCCCGUGUGCCGCAGCCAACCCCCGCUGGACAGCACCUGCUGCCUGCUCGGGCCGGAGGUGCCUGGGCUGGAGGAGGAGGUGCGGCUGAUGGCGCUGCCCGAGGACUCGGAGGAGUUCACUGACACGGUGCAGCAUUUCCGCGGGACGCUGGAGGAGCUGCACAGCCACAUCAGCGUCGUGCAGGUGCAGAAGCUGAUCCACCCGGUGCUGUACAAGCAGUACCAGCUGAAGAAGGGCAGCGUGAAGCGCGCUUGUGCCGCCGGCACCGCCGUGGAGCGAAUCCUCUUCCACGGCACCACCAAAGCGUCCAGCCGAGAGAUCUGCCUGCACGGCUUCAACCGCAGCUUCUGCGGCAAGAACGCCACCCUCUACGGGCUCGGCGUGUACUUCGCGGCGCGCGCGGCCAUCUCGGCUCGGGACCGCUACUCCCCACCCAGCGCCAGCGGCACCAAAUUCAUCUUCAUGGCCAAGGUGCUGACCGGGGAGUUCACGGCCGGGCGCCCGGGGCUGCGGGCACCCCCCCUGAGAGAGGAGUCUGGGGUCCCCCAGCGCUUCCACAGCGUCGUGGACGACCCCCGGCAACCCGAAAUCUUCGUCAUCUUCAACGACACCCAGGCCUACCCUCAGUACCUCAUCACCUGCCGCAGCCGCCGCGGGGGUCCCCUCUGAGCUCCGAGGACCCCCUUUGAUCCC